AUGUUAACUGUUAUUUUAAAAAUAUUAGUUGUGUCUCUUUUAAUAUGGAAAUUGAGUUAUUCCAACGAUACCAGGCAACUUGACAGCUUUUCUUCCAUACAAAAAAAUUUUUUAUCCUAUGAUAUGCUUAUCAUAAGAAAUGAGAGAAUUUUAUCUGAACAACAUGACGAGAAUGAUUGGAGAAAUGAAUUUUCUGUCGUUAUUAAUCUUAAAAAUAUUCCAGAAGAACAACAAUUAGGAGAACAACAAGAACCAGAAUAUAUUUAUGAAUUGAACGAUUUAUGUAAAAGGGCAUCGGAAUAUUGGAAAAAUGCCAUAAGCGAUAUGGAAGAAGAAUAUAAAGAACUUACAAAAUAUAUGGAUCAAAAUUGGACUAAGGAUAUGUGGAAUCGUGAAUGGGUAAAAUAUUUAAGAAGAGUUUAUGGGCAUAUAUUAUCGGAUAUAAAUGAUCCUAGUCUUACAUUAGUUGAUAAAGAAUAUAUUGUAAAUAUAUGGAUAACUUGGACCAGGAAGGAUUUCAGAUUUUUCUUAGAAUAUACUAAGGAAUCAUGGGAAGACCAAGAUGAGAUACCUAAUUAA